AUGACGGUGCCAUGCUUUGCCCCAUUGUUGUCUUCACAUGGCAUUUCUUCUCUCUCCUUUCAGGUAGAAAUUGAGAAGCUGGAUUACCAUCAUUAUCUGCCCCUGUUUUUUGAUGGGCUCUGUGAAAUGACAUUUCCCUACGAGUUUUUUGCUCGGCAAGGAAUCCACGACAUGCUGGAACACGGGGGGAACAAGAUUCUUCCUGUCAUUCCACAGCUCAUUAUCCCGAUAAAAAAUGCCUUGAACCUUCGAAACCGACAGGUCAUCUGCGUCACUCUUAAAGUCCUCCAGCAUCUGGUUGUGUCCGCUGAGAUGGUGGGUGAAGCUUUGGUGCCCUAUUACCGGCAAAUCCUCCCCAUCCUGAACAUCUUUAAGAAUAUGAAUGUGAACUCGGGAGAUGGCAUCGACUACAGCCAGCAGAAGAGGGAGAACAUCGGCGACCUGAUCCAGGAGACGCUGCAAGCGCUCGAGCGCUACGGCGGGGAGGACGCGUUCAUCAACAUCAAGUACAUGGUCCCCACCUACGAAUCGUGCGUGCUCAACUAGCGGCAGGCGGCCGCGGCGGGCGCGGGCUCCCCUCCCGGUCCCGCGCUCCCGUCAUCCGUCUCUGCUACUUUCGGCAUCUCAUUCCUGGUGACUUCUACAGCUUUCUUUUCUACAGCUGCUAAAAUAGUGGCUUAUGGGCCAUUGGACCGUUAGCCCUAUUGAGAGCAAGGCUUUCCAAUACAUAAAUAGUGCCUGUUUCUUAGAUUACAAUAGCGUACUGUGCUUAUUUGUUCUCAGAGAAGAAUUGCUUCUUUAUACAGCUCGGACAGAAGCAGGAGUCCGAGUUAAACCUUCAGUUGUAUAGACAAUAAAACUAUA